CCCACCGCUGGAAUCAAAAUACGCGUCGCGCUGAAUUCCCAGCCACGAGCAAAUCCGUUCUCGUGACUGUCACGUGCCUCUAAACAUGACUUUCAUGGCAAAUCUCCGAUAACUCCCAGAACUCCCAAAGAAAAAAAUUCAAAAAGAAAAAACAUCAGAACCGCGACUGAGCUGCGCUGAGAGUUGAAAGUUGAUCUUGAUCUUGAGAGGGUAGAAAAGGAGGGCUAUUGAGCAAUAAUAAAGAGAUAUUGCUUGAAAUGGAUUUUUUUAGGCUUCUGUCGAGAGGGGCGAAAUUGGACCAUGACUCAGAGAUUUUUACUAAAAAGCAAGAGAAGAAGGCUGAUGACAGCGAGAGGAUAGUCCGCGAGCUUGAUUUCUUUCAUACAAAGACACCAUCCCACGAGCAUGAUGACAACAAGAGCAAGAAGCAGAAGAACAAGGCGGAUGAAGACGAUACAGAUCAGAAGCCCAAGUUUGCAAAGAUCGAAUCCACGAUUCCGUACCGCAAAUCAAACAUCAAAGGAAGCGACGUGCCGCAGCCGCUAACUACGUUUGAAGAGUUAGGUCCACGAUUUGGACUUUCGGAGCAGUUGCUCUCGCGGAUCAGGUUCGCGACGCCGACACAGAUCCAGGCGGAGGCGAUCCCGGGAAUCUUACAUGAUCGCGACAUCUUAGCAUGCGCGCCUACCGGCUCCGGAAAAACUCUGGCUUAUGUGCUUCCAUUGGUCGAGCUUAUUCGGAAAGUGAACGAGAACGAGAAGAGCUCAUCAGCAGGGAUGAUCAAGGGUUUGAUUCUCGUGCCAACAAAAGAGCUUGCGACACAAGUUCUUGAGCAAUUCACAAUCCUCACCGCCAGUGGCCGCGCAGGUGUGAAAGCAAACGUACUCUCUAAAUCACUUUUGGCGCGACUUACUUCCGACUCGAGCGAUCGACCACGGCCAGGCGACGUUUUGAUCGCCACACCUUUACGCCUAGUGCGCGCGCUGAACGUGAUUGGUCUCGACAGUCUGCGCCAUCUAGUUCUCGACGAAGCCGACCGACUGUUCGAUACGACCUUUGCCGAGCAGACGGAUCAGAUCCUGGCGACGAUCGCGAAAACCCGCCAGUCCUCUCUACAAAAGACUUUCCUAUCCGCGACGAUGCCGUCUUCGAUCGAGACAAUGGCUCUGAACCUGAUGGUGGACCCGCUCCGGAUCUUCAUCUCACCCGGCCGGGCAGCCGCGACGGUCGACCAAAAGCUCGUAUUUGCCGGGUCCGAGUCCGGCAAGCUCGUCGCGAUCCGCCAGAUGGUCAAGGGCGGCGAAUUACCCCCGCCGGUGCUGAUCUUUGUGCAGUCGGUCGAGCGCGCAAACGCACUGAUGCACGAACUUGUCUACGACGGCGUCAACGUCGACGUCAUCCACGGCGAGCGCACAGAGAGCCAGCGCAAGGCUGUGGUGGAGAAGUUUAAGAAGGCGCAGGUGUGGGUGCUUAUCUGCACCGAUGUUUUCGCGCGCGGAAUCGACGUGCACGGGGUGAACGUGGUUAUCAACUACGACGUCCCGCAGAGCGCGCAGGCGUACAUCCACCGCAUCGGCCGCACGGGUCGCGCAGGAAGGACGGGCAAGGCGGUUACGUUUUUUACAAAGGAGGAUGUGGAGGCGGUUAAGAUUGUGGUGAACGUGAUGCGGGAGAGUGGGUGCGAGGUGCAGGAGUGGAUGACGAGGAUGGGCAAGGCCGAUAAGCAGAUGAAGAAGCAGCUCAAGAGGAAGCCGGCGGAGAGAGACGAGAUUGGCACACAGCAGAAGAAGCUGAAGGCGGUGGAGAAGAAGCACAUGAAAGCGGAAAGAGACAAGCGGGAGGAGGCGAAGCGGAAAAAGGAGGAGAAAAAGCGGCGAAAGAAGAAAGUUGCUGCUGCAGCUGCAUCUUCAGAUAAGGAAGACGAGGAGGAGGAGGACUAAUUAGCAGCCAAUAUCAGACAGAUUUGAUUCUAAUCGAGAUGAGCAUAGAACU